CACCCACCCUGCCCAAGCUGGGCUCUGUGUACCCUUCCCCUGGCAAGGCAAAAGCACAGGAUCCUAGUCCUUGGCUGAUUAACUACAACUCCCAAGAUGCAUCACGGCAGGGCGUGCCCUUCCUCCUUGCAGCAUCAGGACCAGCCGAGCAUCCUCCAGAGAGAGGGAUGCAGGCGCCUGGCAGGGGGAGGUGGCUCCUGGAACAUCCCUGGCCAAGAGCUGCCCUGCAGCUGGGCAAGCAGACUCCUCCCAUGCCUGACGGCUCGGAGUUUUGUGGCCUCUUUAAGAGCUGACGCCUUCUGUCUGCACGGUGCAGAAGAACAAUCCUCUCUCCCCACGGCUGGGACCCUCUCCCCACCCACCCCCCAAAAAACUUUUCCUGGGUAAUGCUUGAACUCUGGCAAUUGCCAGCCUCUGUUCCGGAUGAGACUGGUGCCUUCUGCCGUACCAAGCCGAGCUGCCACCAUCUCCUGCUCAGGGUGGUUACCGCAGCGUCAGGUCGGUUUGCCAGCGGUUCAGUGAGAAUCCUCUUGGGUUUUGGAGCUGACUCCGGACAUCUUUUCCUGAUCCAUCUGCCAACGCUGGGCUGAGGGGAGGAGGGAGGAGGCAAGCCGCGUGGAUGGCAGCGGUGGUGCCAGGCCGCCUGUCAGAGGAGCAGCGGUCGGCUGAGAAUCCAUCGCACGUCCGGGAACCGCUUUGUGUUUCUCAUCCAUCAGAAACAGCAUCAACCGCUUGCUGCUGCUGUUGCGAUUCUGUCUCCUCCUUGGGAGCAAACUCCUGUCCGGAUAAACAACCACCCCAUGGCUGCCGUGCGAGGGUCCCCUUUGGGCCAUGAUGAUCUCUGAUCUGGGAAAGAUGGAUCUUUUGAGGACCCCGGCUGUGGAAAAAGUCAGAAAGCCCCUUCUUUGCGUAACAAUCUCUCUGCAUCCAGUCCUUCAUCUCCUGGUGGCCUGGAGGCCUUCUUCCAAAGGGAGAGCGCAAAGGCCUGCAGAUUCAAAACUGCACAGUGCGUUUUAACCACAGUCGGGCUGAGAAAAAGGGCUAACUUUCCCCAUUCGACUCCCAAGUGAUGUGGGUAGAUGCUGUUCACAUGGGACCUGGAGGAUUCACAUUCUACUGGACCGAUUCACGGGGAGGACGGGAGGGUUGGGUUGGUGGCUGUGUCUCCGCAACCUCUGGGCUUUUGAGGUUGGGAUGAUCCCUAUCCUGAAGCUAAGCUCUGAUGUUCCUUCUCAUGGCCAGUGGCUUUCUUGGGUGGGGGGAGAUCUGGAAGUUGGCAUCUGCAUCUCCCCGGAGGCGGCGUACAGCUAAAAGCGAAAGUGUGCCAGGGCCAAACUCUCCUCGACACCCCUCGUCUCCUGUCCUGGAAUCCCUCUCCCGUCGGAUGCAUUUAUGUGCGUGUUUGCUCAGGGCAGGGGCCCUCCACGCAUGCUCAGAGGCACCCUUUCCCCGUUGAGACAUCUUCUAGGGCGGUGCCCUGGUGAAGCCGUGUUGCUGCCUUGGAAUUAUACACCAGCAUCCGCCCUCCUUUUCGUCGGUUUCUUCUCACAUGUACAGAGCCCGGAGAGUCAAGUGGAUUUGGGGUCAGCCAACGAGAAACUGCUUCUUGGAAAGCUGAGGGUCAGCCAUAAAAAGCUUGCCUCUUUUGAAAAACAGGUCCUGUGCCUUACGCAGGAGGGUUCGAGGCCUAGCCUUUGAGGACCAGGGUCGCUUCUGUUUACGGCUGCUUCUGGGGUCCCUCCGGAAGCCGCCUUCCUUUGGGCCAGAGUCAUGCCCUCCCGGAGCGAUUCCAGCUACUCGCUGACAGCCCGCACCACGUCCCGCAGCUUCACGCACCUCCGCGUCCGGCGGGCCUGGCUCCAGAUUAUCCUCCUUCUCGGCUUCGUUCAGAUGAUCCUGGGCGUCCUGAUCGUGACGCUGAGCCUUCUGGUAACUACCAACAUGCCCUCGCAGAGCCACAUCCGGAACGCGUGUCCCAUCUGGGCUGGUUUUCCGUUGGCAUUCUCCGGAGUGGUUGGCAUCGUCUCCUGGAGGCGCCCGUUCACCCCGGUGAUUACCUUCUUCACGCUCCUCUCAGUCCUCGGAGUCAUGCUUACCUUGGCUGGCUCCAUCCUCUCCUGCCAAAAUGCCCAGCAGCAGGUGAAGUCCCUGGAGGCUUGCGAGCCGGUAAGACAACGGGACCGUUAUGCGGUCUGGAAGGAGCAGGGGAUACGGAGCCUGGACUUCCAGCAGGGCACCUCCCCAUCUCAGCUGUGCCCUUGCUGCCAACUUGGAAGCUGCGGAAGUAACGCAGAACUGGAUCCAAAUUGCUCCAAGGUCCGCCUGGUCCUCAAGGACCUCCUCUUCAGUGUGUGUGGCCUGACUGUUUUCGCCAUCGUGGUGUGCACCCUCUCUGCCAUUAUGUGUUGCAUCCAAAUCUUCUCUUUCGACAUCCUCUAUGCGCUGUCCCCUCCACGUUCCAGCUCCGUGACGCUGGAUUGCACAUCACCCCCGGACACGUUCUUGCAGCAUAUGUUGGACCUGGAAGAGUUUGUUCCCCCAGUGCCACCUCCGCCCUAUUACCCUCCAGAGUACACCUGCAGUUCAGAGACGGAUGCCCAAAGCAUAACCUACAAUGGCUCAAUGGACAGCCCGGUUCCUCUCUACCCCACUGACUUCCCUCCCAGUUACGAGGCCGUCAUGGGACUCCAUGGAGACAGCCAGGUGACUCUGUUUGACUCGCAGUUUACAGAUACCUCACAUGGUCCUUGUUCCUGCAACCGGGUCCCAUCUGUUGUCCUCAGUGGCGAAGCGGUUUCCAUGGACAGCGGCUCCCUGAUUAUGUCGGAGAUUGUGGACAUUCCUGGCGACAGCAGCCCAUCCGAGGACUCCUGCCUGCUGGACGCCAGUGGUUCGGUCUGCUCGGUGGAUUACGUCUUGUUCCGCUCCAUCCAGCGCAGCCGGGCUGACUACUGCUUGAGUGUGGACUGCGGGCAGUGCGGCCUCCACCCUCAAAGCCCCACCCUGCAGGGCCCUUUUGAGGAGACGCCCCAGGCGCGCCUGCGCGGGGAGCGCUCAUACUCCUGCUCCACGCCCGGCUCCACGGGCUACGAGGGCUUGCGGGAGGCGGGCAGUGCCCAUACGCACAGCUGCCAGCGCCUGGAGAGCUUAGGCCAAAGCGCCGGGCCUUGCUUCCCCGAGGUGCGGGUCAAGCCCAAGGCCUCGCUGCCAGGACGCAAAGGCGCCGGGCGGCAGCGACGGAGCAGCGAGGCCUCGUACCGCCUGCCUUCUGUCCGGGGUCCUCUGCUGAGGUCUCACAGCGAUCCGGGGAUUGUCACGGCCUGCGAGAAUGAAGCGGACUUCCAGGAGGUAUUCUGCGCCAAGGCGUCGGAGGAGGAUGGGCCCAACUCCUCAGCAGAUACAGGGCCCUGCUCGGAAGCUUGCCUUUUGCACCCGUCGCUCUGCGAACUGCCCCUGCGGGCUCGCUUGGCAGGGAAGGCCAAGCUGGAGGUGCCACGGAAAGUGCCGCUGCAGCACCUGUCCAAGACUGGCACGCGCUCCCUGGGGGACCUGAAGGUGUGCCGUGGGACGCGUGGGCUCGUGGCCCGUUUCCUGCACAGGUCCAAGCGCAACCUGGCUCUGGCGGGAGCAGAAAUGGCAGGGCGAAGCAGCAGUCCGGGGCGCAAGCAGGUGCCCAGGCAGAGGCUGGAGCGGAGCUCUCCGGAAGGGAUUCACCUGCAGAGCUGCGGGGACCUGAGCUCUACCUCCUCCUUGCGGCGCUUGCUCUCUGGCCGCCGGCUGGAGCGAAGGCGCCCCCACAGCCUUAGCGGACUCGUCCGAGAGAGCAACCUGUAAGAGGGCGUUUAAUGUGUGUCUUCCUGAUGCCGACCAUUGUGGCUGCUUCGUGACUCGGGCCUCGGAUCAGGAAGCCCGGGGCUAGAUUUCUGGAGGAACUGGAUUGGGGCUCCUAUAGCAAAAACAAGCAAAACACCACCCACCCACCCACCUCAGUCAGGAAGACGGAAGCAAGGAAUGCAGGAGUUCCGCCCUGCGGAGAUGGUGCAAUGACCAGGUGUUGAUUGAUGGGCCCGUGAGAAGCAUCACUCUCGUUCGCUCUGCAACCUCCUCCAGGUUGUGUGGCGUGGGAAGGAGCACUCACUCUCCAGUGACUCCUGAGGGCUUGUACAAUGGGGAGCGCUGGCAAACGCUGCGGCCGGCAGCACUCUUGGCUCCCGCAAAUUGACUUGUAUGUAUCCAAGGAAAUGUUGACUGCCUGCCAGCCAGCUGCGGCACGCAGCGGCAGAGGCGGAUGCCUUGCACAGGGCAGUGGCUCGCUUCCCCACAUCCUGAUGCUUCACAGUGUUGUGUGGCGGGGUGGGUGUGUGCAUGGCAGCCGCUGUCCCGUCUGAAGAGAUGCGUGCCCAGGAAUCCCGCUUGACCUGGCAAAGGUUUCCUUGGUACGAGAAGAGGGGUGGGGUGGGAAUGACCCCAGCUCUUCUAUGCACAUUUAAUUGACAUCACCAGGGAUUUCCCUGCAUGGCCACCUGAGAGGUACCCUACCUGGACGUCUCACCUCCAGCUGCUGCUCCCCCUCCCACGGCCCCCCGUGCACACACACCAUGCCCAGGAGUUCAGCUGCCCUAGCAUAUAUGUAACAUCAAGCCCUUUGCCUACUACUGAUACCUCACUUUUAGCUGUGCCUUUGAUUGAUUGAUUGAUUGAUUGAUUGAUUGAUUGGUUGGUUGGUUGGUUGGUUGCUUCCUCUCUCUACCCAGGUGCUGGGACAGGGCCCGAUGAAUUCUCUGGAAUCACUUUGGAGAGAAAGAAAGCUUCCCACUGGGGUUGCCGGGUCUCCCAAGACUCGUAAAGACCAAAGCUGGCUCAUCUGCCCCAAAGCUGCCUCUUUCUCACAGUGGCCCCAAACAGAGAUACCUUUGGGAUGCCCAGAAAGCAGGGCAUGAGGGCAAGAGCCGUCCCUCUGCUGCCUCACUUCUGUCCUGCAAAAAUAGACUGCCUCUAAGCCUGGAGGUUCCAUUGAUAGCCACCUCCUCCUUCCCUAACCUUUUAAAGCCGUCCAAUGACGCAGAAGGAGCCGAGCAUAGGAGCUUAAAGGGUGAGGCCUGGCCACUGAUGGGGCAAGAUGGGGCUUAGCACCGCACGGUGUGGGGUGGAGCAGGUCUGGCUCCAGAUCUGAGGCGAGCCCCAGCCUACCCCAGUCUCCUGUCAUGAGUGUCUUUUUCCCAGAAUGCCCCUCCAACGACCCUGCCGUGGGGCAUUGUGGGAAUUCUGUUUCAGCAGGCGGCAGGCAGCUACCAAACCACCACAGGGUUUCUGGCAAGAGUGGUCAACCCUGUGUGGACAUGCAGGGGCCUCAGCGACUGCCCUCGGGUGCUGAGUGCUGGCGCCAGCCCUGGGCAAAGGAUGGCACAUCUCAGGCGGCAGAGGGGUGGGUGUCAAGUUACACCUGCUGCCUCUGCGCAAGAGGAGUCAGAGCGAAGAACAAAAAGUUCUCAAGUCGAGCAGCGACUUCCCCCACUCCCUUCCCUUGACCCUGACCCCUUCUCAUACUGAUCUAUUUUACUCCUCACCUCCCGUUAAUAAUUCGGAUUAAUCAUCUACUGUCACAAUCAAUAGGAAGAGUUGAGCAGACAAAUAAAUGCUAUCUACAUUGUUAACAAGGGACACAGGUGGCGCUGUGGGUUAAACCACAGAGCCUAGGGCUUGCCGAUCAAAAGGUUGGCGGUUCGAAU